AUCUGCUAUCUUCUUCUCACUUUACUCGGCUCCAGCCACUCGCCAUGACCCCCGAUGUGCCCCCGAGCCAACUGGCGACGGACAUCCUCGCCGCCGCGAGCCAACUGGCGACGCUGGGGCAGGACGACGCCCUGGACGAGUUCUGGCCGGCGCUGUCGGGCGCCCUGAAUGUCGCCUUCCCACACACCUCGUGCACGGUACUGGCGUACCACCGCCCCUCGCAGACGCUGCUGCGGCUGUACAGCUCGCGCCCGGACGUGCACGCCGCGGGCGGGCGCAAACGUGUGCGCGACGGCACCGUGUGGAAACGCACUGUGCUCGACGCGGGCGAUAUCCUGGUCGGCUCGACGCGCGACGACAUCCGCGCCCUGUUCCCAGAGUACGAAAACCUCUGGGCGCACGGACUCGAGAGCAUCCUCAACAUCCCCGUGCGGCGGGACGGCGUCACCAUCGGCUCCGUCAAUCUGAUGAACCGCGAGCAUGCCUUUGACGACGCCGACAAGGCGCUCGCCAUGCUGUUUGCCCAGCUGGCGGUUGCCCCGUUGGAGAAGAUGAGCAGAGACAUGGACCAGGUGCCUAUGGGGGAGGUGCAAUAUGUAUAGCAUAACUGAAAUAUCCACUAUACAACUAUCAACUAUACUAAAAACACU